CCCAAACUCAAUAUGUUUAUUAGUAGGCAGUCCAAGGUUCCAUCAGCCACCUUCUAGUUCCAUCAUCAGACCAGCUCGAUGGUACCAUAAUAUUGUAUUGUUGUCGAUCAUUGAUAUGUCUACAUAGGCUUGUUGAAAAUAUAUCGAUAUUUUAAGCCGAUAUAUUUUGAUUCGAUAUAUCGAUACAUCGAUACAAAAUAACCAAUAUCGAAAUUCGUAUCAAAAAUAUAUUUUUUUUAAUUAUUAGCGGCAUAACACGAUCUAACUAAAUUCGUAUCUGGAAAAAUCGUAACUGGAUCUCAGAUUAAUGAUAUUCAACUUAUCUAUGAUCCGUGCUGUAUUUAGUAUUGUCUAUGGUUUGUAAAUCUGUUUCGCUGGUGAAUUGGUUGUGCUGAAUACCAUUACAUUCUGUGGAAGUGUGUGACUCUCUAGUCUGGUUUACGAAAGAUGGCACCUGAGAGGCCCUGCAAUCAUUUUCAUCAUUCAAAAAUAGGGUCUACUUUUAGGGCGAUAAUUUUCGUUCCAUUAUUAUUCCGCGUGUCAUCUUUCGUGAGAAACUGUACUGUCAUGUAGUGUAGCGGCAAUUUGGUACAUUGAUAAUUCUUUCUUUAAUUAUAAUUUGUAUUGUUAUUAUUACUGUGCUAGGCUGACGUAAAUAUAUUUUUGGGAAAAUUGGUCCGAUAUAUCGAUGUUUUUUUCGCGAUAUAUCGAAGCCGAUAUUGAUAUUUUUUAAAAUAUCGAUGUAUCGAUAUAUCGAUAUUUUUUUCAAUUUUCGACAUCCCUAGUCUACAACGUUUAAAGUAAAUCUGAUUGCUAAAAGUUGGGAAAAAUCGAGUCCAAACGAGUCAGUUACAUACAUACAAACAAACAAACAUACAGGUGAAAUGAAACUAAUAAAAGCCUGUUAAAAAGAAAUUACUCUACAUGGAGUCAUGGACUUACUGUAAUAAAAAAGCUUUUAGUCAUUGUUGAUGGUAAUUCAUUUUUAUAUGAAUUCACAUUCACGUUUACAAAAAAAUCACAGAAAUAAGAAAAUAUAUUCAAUUGUUUUAGAAUAAGAAGGAACAUCACUAGAUUGCACAAUAUUAUAACAUUGGAGGAAUGUCAUGUAUUAUCAAAUUUAAUCGGAGAUCAGUGAUUCAUUCAUCAGUACAGUGAUUGUGGUUACAUCAAGUUGUGUUCGAUGCAGUGGCACGAAACGAACGAAAACCAAAAUAAGAUUUUAUUUCCUCCACCAUUUAACCUGUUUUGUUCCCGCGGUGCCGUUAUAUUCUCCCGAGUUUAGUGUUAAGAUUUAAAAAUGUCGAAACGCUAUCCGCCUGAUAACCUGGGAAUGCGUCAACGUGCACUCAACGCGAGAGUAAAAGAGGCUUUUGUCAACAACGUCAAAUUCGAAGACUUAGAAGACACAGCCGAAACAUCUGAAGUUGACAAGUUAUUCAAAAUAGACCUCGCUGCAAAAUACAAACAUGUUGAUUAUAUACUUGAAAUGCUUAAGUCUGCAGAUAGCCUAUAUACCACUAGAGCUCUUAAGAGGAGCUUGUGGCUCUUUAAUGAUGAAUACAGACAUAUAAUCAAUCCUGAAUACCUACACAAUAAUAUUUUCCCCCACACUUCACUCAAAAUGAAGAGAAAAAUUUUAUCAGAUGUGUCUCUUCAUGUCAGAAGCGAAGACAGAGCUACUCUGUUUUAUUCAUAUUGCGUGAAUACCAAAUUAUUGAGCUUGGCUUUAAAAUUUGUAUUGUUUACAUCUGAAUCAUUUAAAUUAGCUUUACUGCAAGAGAACAAGCCACCCGCUAACUUAUUAUUUGACAAAGAUAAAACUUACCUGAAUAAUUUUCUUAAGAGAUCUUUUCCUUUAUAUGAAGCCUUAUUAAAAAUCAUGAACAACGAUGACAAAACAAGUAGAUUUCUUCAUGAUUUCCAGUGUUGGUAUAAUUAUGAUUCUGAGAAAUAUUUAGAUUUAGUAGAAAAGUAUGGACGUCAGGCAUUUGAUCAGACUUAUUCUAAAAAUAUAAUGGAGAAACAGAAACUAAGAGUAUUAGCCAAACCAGAAUUCUAUAUUAACAUUAUACAUCGAGAUGCAAUUGUAAAAUACAGUACUGCCGCAGAUGCAAAAAUUUAUGCUGUUGCUCUUUUGCCGAAAAAUUAUUCAAGCUUUUGGGAUUAUUACUAUUAUGCCAGUCACAAAUACGUAUUAGAUAUUAUACCCAAAGAAGACAUAUAUGCUUUCUUAAAAAAAAAUUUUCAUGAACGAUAUCCUGGUAAAGAAUUCGAGACUUCAAAAGAAUUUUAUGAUCAAAAGUAUUAUAUGUUUAUGACAAAGGAAGAACAGGAGGCCUGGGCUUGGGAACACAUCAAAAGUGAAAAACAAAUAUUAGGCGUGGGACGUGACUAUAUAUGGUAUGGUUUUGUUAAUUUUAAUGAUGCAUUCGAUAAAAUAAAAAACUUGAUUUUAAUAAGAAGGGAAACAAGCCCGCGUUACAAUAUGCUUAUAACUCUUAUCCGAGCUGCAAAAACUAACAGAGAAUUAGAAAAGUUAUUCGAAUACUACCAUAAAAAGCAUUUGAAUGAAGCGAGAAACAACAAAGAACAAUUCUUGUUAAAAGUUAUCGAAGAUCAUAACAUUUUUGAUUUUGAUGAAAGUUGCUGGAAGUCGUUCCACAUUCUCUUAUUUAGCAUGGACUUGUACAACAAGUUAGAUCACGCGCCCGAUGCGCUCCAUGUAAACGAUCAGUUUAAAACAGUUUUAUUACUUUAUCAUAUUGUUAAUGAGAAAGAGAUACCCGAUCCUUUAAUGCAAUAUGCUCUUGACGAUUUUGAGACAGUUAAAAUAAAAUCGUAUCUUGAUAAAUUAACAGAUAAAAAGCGUAACAUUUUAUACGAAUACUUACACUCAAUGUUUACAAAUAAAGUUUUAGAUUAUAAAAAUGAGCCUUUUACAUCGCGUAAUGAAAGACAAGUGAAAAGAUAUUUUAACUGCAUUGUAUGGUUAAUGAAAAUAUAUAACGAAAAAUUAGAACCCACAAAGCGAAACCAUUAUCGCCCAGAACGCAAAAAGCGCUGUAUCGACAAUCGUCUUUCGGAUAGAGAACUUUUACGACGAUUAAAAAUGGAUUCGAACCUAGUCAUGUCAGCUUUACCGGAGGUUAUGGAACGAUUUGAGAUAAAGCCUUUUAAAAUUAACACUUUUUUGAAAAAAGUGAAACUAUACUUUUCAGAUGAUAUUUCGAAUGAAUACUUGCAAUCUUUUGAGAGAAAUGUAAAUAAGAAUUUGAAUAUGAAAGGAAUUGAUGCGGCGGUCAAUGGUAUUUUCCACCUUGCAGAUGAGAAAUAUAAGAUCAGUUUUAUGAAUAAACAUGCUCCAAAAAACAAUAGAGUUGAUUACAACGAAAUUGACCCCCAAGAAUUACGUGUUCAGAAAGCAAUUUGUCGUUACUUUUGUCGAUCUCGACCACCAAUGCCCCUUGAAAAUAUUUUAAUGUAUUUGAAGGGAGAUUACGUCAAGCACUGUCUCCAUAUAUUUAAUAUGUUCCUGCAAAAGCUAUCUACUAAUUUGUGUUUAAAUUUUAUCGAAUCAAUAUUAGACUCCCCUGUAUCGCUCCAGAAACAUGGGAUCCGUUUAGCAUUUGCUUGUUUUGAUACAGAAAAUUUGAAAAAACUUAUUACCAAUCUCUGGAAAAAGAGCAAAAAUGUUUCCCUGAGAGGAAUCCUAUACAAGAUCCUUUUUAAAAAAGUAAAAGACGACCAUGACAAAGAACUAUUCGAGGUGUUGAAAUACUAUACCAUAGAUUUGCGCGACGAUGAUGAAAAUGAAAUAUUUGACUUACUGGUAUCCGAAGAAUUGCCAGGAAUAUUCUUAAGUGAUUACAAUGAAGCGGCGUGGACAGCUGUAGGCAAAUUUAGAGAUAGGAAGGAACCUAACAUUCAGCGCAUUAAGAACGUAUUACGUUGUAUUAGAAAAAAUCUAACUUUGAUGGAUGAACUAUUUGUCAGAACGGUUGUUGUCAAUCACUUGGAGGAAAUGUUCAAGGAGAAAAGAAUAUACGAUUUUUUUCUUAAAGACCGGAUCAAUAAUGGCAUAUUUGUAGAAAAAUGGAAAUUGGUUGAGGCUUUCAUUAUACAUGCUACAAGUUUCUCACAGACUCCUACAUCAUUAUCAGUAACAUUAUCGAAUUAUGUUACUCAGGCAUGCUUAGAAUCCUGGAAAGAAGUACAUCACGAGGAGUUGAUUUAUCAGAAGCUAUUUUUUCAAUUUGUUAAAGGACUCAAAAAAGAGGGUCAUAAACAAGAUAACUGUGAUCCUAUAAACGCCAUUCCCGUUUUCGAAACGAUCAUAACCGAAUUACAAAAGAGAUUGUCUUUGGUUGAAAUAUACAUAGCGGUUUGGGACUUAAAACUGACUAUUGUUUAUAAAAAAGUAACGCAUAAUACAAUUAUUGAUUCUACACCAUUUAUUCAGUUUGGUAGGCAAGUAGGUGAGAUUAUUGUAGAUUACGUCAGAAAAAAACAGUACAAUACUUACAUGUCCAAUGAGAUCAAACAUUUAAUUGAGGGUAACGUUGAGGACCUUCAUAAAAAAGCAAGAAAAGCAGAUAUAUGUAUUAGUGCUGAAACUGGUCUUAUUUUAGUUGCGUCUGGUUUAACGGAACACGAGACGGUGGAGACAUAUGUCCUUGCAGUUCAGUUGCUUCCGAGCUGUGGUAUAACUUGGGACAGUUACAAAACAGUAAUAAGCAAAGUUAGUCAGAUGGAAGAACCAAAUGUACAAUGUGCUAUACAUCUGAAUGAAAAGAGACUGUUUAUGUAGGUAAACAAUAAUUUCUUUAAGAUAUAUUAUAUUUUUGUUACUAAUUAACUAGUAAAAAUACAUAGUUUAAUUUAAAUAUUUGUAUACAUGUGAUAGCUAUAAGGAUCAAGGAUGUAAUAUGAAAAUACCUGAACUAUUUUUAGGAUUAAGCAUCUUUCUUCUGUUCAAUAAAAUAGCCAGUUAAUUAUUUUAUAAAUAAAUAAAAUUUUUAAAUCCAUAAUAUCUUCUUAUUUAUUACAGAAAUCAAGCAAAUGGCCCUCUGACCCUACCUUUAAAUUAAGCGAUUGUGGUUUUGCGAGCGCAAUCCGGUUAAAUUUCUACACCAAAGCGCUAAAAAGCAAAGCAAUGUUCGAGUUUCUCCUGGGGUCGGCAUUUUUCAUUGCUUUUUUCACUUAUAAUAAUUAUUAGUAAAAAUCUAUCAAAAAUUCUUCCUACUCUUACUUAGAUAGUUACUUAAACGUAUGCUGUAGAGGUGGAGACAGGUGAAGCCGUUGGUCCCAGUUGUAUUUGCAGUCGUUAGCACUCGCCAAUCCUCACUGGGCCCGCGCGGUAGGUCACGGCUCAAUUUUCCUAUUCUAUCCAUAAGGAAGGCCUGUGCUCCAGUAGUGGGGGCAUUAAUGGGCUGAUGAUGAUUAUGCUGUAGAAUAAGUGUAGGAUACAUACAUAACAGAAAACCACGAAGUUGUGAUGCAUCGAAAUAUAGGUGACAUGAUAAAACAAACAGUGAGUGACCUGUACCCCUAGCAAGAACCAAAAUCGAAUUAAAAUAGUUUGCGAGUGUAAAAUGUAAUUGUCAAAUGUGUACUGAUUAUAAGUUAUGGCACUGCUGUUCAAAUUUUGCACUCGCUUACUUUUACUGAAAACACCGUUUAUUUUCCUGUGUAGGUUUUAUUUAAACAUGCAUUUUAGAAUUUAUUUAUUUAUGAAAAAUUCAAUAUUUUUUUAUUGAUUAUGGUAUCUUACUAUGACAAAUGAAAGUUGCAUAAUAUUUAACAAUCUUGAGUAAUAAUAUGGCCCAUGGCAAUAACAAGUAAUCUAAGCAAGUCUUAGAGCAUGCUCUAAGAGAUAAAGUAAUAAUCGUGUUCUUUUGACAUAGUUAUUGUAACUACACAGUUAUUAUACUACUGUAUAAAAACACCAAUUCAUUAAUAAUAUAAUAAUAAUAAUAUUUCCAACACUCACACCAAUUAGCCUAGCCCCAAAGUAAGCACUGUAAGGCUUGUGUUAUGGGAUACUAAGGUAACGGAUAGAAUACAUAUAUGGUACAUAUAUAAGUAUAUUUAUAUGAAAUACAUAUUAAACAUCCAUGACUGGAGUACAAAUGCUCGUAUUCAUCACACAAACAUCUGCCCCCACCGGGAUUUGAACCCGGGACCUCUCGAGUCGGCGACGCCAUGAAACCCGGCGUAUAAACC